CUCAAAAGUUGUCUUCCCUUGUGAACGUUGCGGCGAAGUACAAGCAUGUCCAAUGUGUCUAGUCGAUUGACUAGUGCUCUAAGGAGUCUUAUUUAUUAUACCUAAGAGAAUAUUUGUAUAGGACGAAGCCAGUUCACCAGGUCAGGUAUGACGCCAUCUGUAACCUGCGAUGUCACUCACUUCUUGGGCUCUUAUCCCCGCAUUGUGAUGGUCCAAGUCAGGGCUGAUUGGUGGCUUCUUUUAGGGACUGACAGGUGGUCGCGUCACGUGCCGAGUUUCUUUGUCGGCUUCAUGGGGUAUGCUUAGUUUGGGAAUGUUGAACACCUGAAAGCGUGUCGUCCUGUUUUGUUUAUUUAUUAGUACUCUUGAUUACGUGUCGAGCAGUCCCCACGCCUGUUGCACGGUCAUCUAGGUCCGUUGCAAGUGUGUUUGUGUAUCUGGAUUGACCUCGAGUCGCCUUGUUUUCACCCUUGCUAAUAGACAUUUGGUGACCUGGUGUGUACGAGUGACGCAUGCGCGUGUGUGAGUUGUUGACUUUAUGGAUAUACCAGAACGCCACAAUUACUCUGUGCUUACCACGGCAAACAUUCGCGGUCAUGUGUCUGGAUUUGAUGACAUGGGCAGUCCAUCGAGCCAGGAAUUGAUGUCCUUUGACCCGGACGACGAUGCCAUGUUUUAUCAGGGCACUCCGUGCUAUUUCUCUGCUGACUUGAAGGAAGCGAUGAGCUAUGAAGUGGAUCCUGACAGUACUCCCACUUGGAGCUCCAGCGAUGCCUAUGAAGACUAUGAGAGUAAUAUCGUGUCUACGGACGAGGUGUUUUGCACAGUGAAUACCAGACACGGGUUAGAGGAGGAGCAGCCGAGGAACAAAAGUGUGCCUUCCAAUGUGGACGUAAACUUUCACAAUGGAAUCUUGGAUUCUAAUGGUGAGAUCAAAGGAUUCGGUAGUGAAACCACCGGUAAACAGAUUCAUCAGUAUGUCGCAGUUCCUAUCCAAUCACCAAGUAAAAUGCCUCAGAUUCUGCCUAGACAGUCAAUAACUUCACAAAUAAUGAACUCUUCUGUGCGGCCGCAGAUCAUACAGGUAGAUGCUACAUCUCCAUUUUCAGCUAGGAAAAGGGCAUCAGACUUUUUGGAUGGAGAUUUUGGAGAGGGAAAGCGUAGUAAAAAAGGAGACAAAGGGGGGAAAGGUUUGCGACACUUCUCCAUGAAAGUGUGUGAAAAGGUCCAGACAAAAGGAGUGACGUCCUACAAUGAAGUAGCAGAUGAACUGGUUGGGGAAUUCAGUGAGCCUCACAAUUUGUUAUCUGCAGCAGAUGCUGUUACGCCUUAUGAUCAGAAAAAUAUUAGACGACGAGUCUAUGAUGCCUUAAAUGUACUGAUGGCUAUGAACAUAAUAUCGAAGGAGAAAAAAGAAAUUAGGUGGAUAGGUUUACCAACAAAUUCUGCUCAAGAGUGUCAGCAUUUAGAGAUGGAAAAGCAAAAGAGAAUAGAAAGAAUAAAACAUAAAACACAACAACUACAAGAACUCAUUUUACAGCAAAUAGCAUUUAAAAAUUUGGUGCAACGCAAUAGGGACUUGGAGAGAACUCAAGGCCCCCCUGCACCCAACUCAGCCAUACAACUGCCAUUUAUUAUUGUUAAUACCAGUAAAAAGACUGUCAUUGACUGUAGUAUUUCUAAUGACAAAUACGAAUACCUGUUUAAAUUUGAUAACACGUUUGAAAUACAUGAUGACAUUGAAGUACUGAAAAGAAUGGGAAUGGCCUUUGGUCUUGAACGGGGUCAGUGCACACAACAAGAUAUUACAAGAGCAUCUAAAAUGGUGCCAAAGUCCUUGGAACCUUAUGUCUUGGAUAUGGCCAACAAUUCCACACCAUUUCAGAGCACUGCUGUGAGACCAAUUGACCCAUCAUCAGCUACUGCACAGCAAGCUAGAUACCAACAGUCUACCUCAUCUAGUGCUUACUAUGGAAUACCUGACUCCAGUGACAGAGAAGUAAUGUCCGCUCUGUCUAGACAGUCCAGCUCAGGCUCAUAUGAUCAGAACUCAAGAGCUGCAACUGACACGCCAUCUGUCUAUUCAGACGACGACGACUCAGGAUCAGAUCGCUCCAGCCCUGUUGACUUAGGAUGACCCAUGGUCACUGUGCUGAAUGGGGUGAGGUUGAAUGUGGUGAGUGGCUGUGUUAAUGCUUGGCUAAAAAUUUUUAUCAUAGUCUGUGUGUGUGCAUGUGAAAAAUAUGAGAGUCAGUUUUAUUUUUUUAAAUAAAUUGUGAUAGAUGUAUAGAAGCUAAGUACAGCACAUUUUUAGAUUAAGUCACCUCCAGUGAGUGAAAUUGACCAUCCUACCUUACAAAAUCUUUUGUGUUGCAUAAAUGAAUAAGUUGAGCUUCUUUCAAUAAAGAGAUGAAGACGAGAGGCUCAUUUUUUGAACUAAAAAUUCUUGCUUCAAAAUUUUACUUUUCCCAGCUUCAUAAUUUUGUAAAUGUCAUCCAAGUUUUGUCUCAUUAUAUACAUAUUUUUUAAAAUUAUUUAUUGAGUUUUAAAUUUUUGAUAUUAAGAGUUGGUAAAUGUUUUUUCCAAUAUUGUCCAUUAUGUCAGAAUUCUAGACAUUUGUAGGUUGUAAUAUUAAAUAUUGGUGUCCCAAAUGAUACAUAUAAAAAGGGGGGGGGGGAGUUUUGGAAAAUAUUUGUACAGUCAAGCUGAUCUUCCAAUAAGGACAUUUGUGAAGUGCUAGGUUUAGGAAACUUUCUAUCAUUUUCUGACAAAAUCUUAGAACCAUUUACAGUACAAAUGUUCAUAUGUAAAGUAUGUGAUUGACUUUCUGUAUUUUGUAUUGACACAUUUACUUAACACUCCUACCCCACCCCCUUUUCCCCCAAAAAAUUUAAGAUUUUAUAUACCUAUCUUUUUUAAAAUUUAGCCUAGAAAGUAUUUGUAAUUAAUAAGCUUGCCUUAAAAAAUGUCAUUGAAUUAUUAUUGUUAAGACUUUUGAGUUACUGUGCAACACAUUCUUGUAUAAAGUAUGUUAAGUACUGAUGGCUUUUUUUUUUUUUUUUUUUUUUAUAAAUAAACUCAGUGCUAAUAAAACUGUUUUGAAUUUGGCAUACUAAGGGUAAGGGACAGGAGAAGAAUUAUUUCAAGUGUAGUGCUUUGUGUAUGUUCUGAAUGAAAGUUAUGCACUUGAGAGUGAAACAUUGACUAACACUAUCCACAGAUUUAGUCAAGGUGACUGUACAUAAUUUUCUGUAAAUAAUCUCCAGAUUUGAGUUAUGUUAUGUGUGUAUGGCUGUCAGUCAUGGCAUGCUUGACUAAUGAAUGAAUGAAUGAAUGUACUUUUUGGGUAUAGGCUACUAGACCAAUACUAUUUAUCCUGUCAGGUUUUGAAUGAAUUUGCAAAUAUUUUGGUAGUGCCAAUAGCCUAUGGAAAGUGUUUAAUAAAUGCUUUGUAAUUAUAUUAAAAUAAUAUAAAUCCUAUCAGGCGACUGUAAUUAAAAGCAUAUUAUAUUCAUGUAAAGUUUUUGUUCUGUAAAAAAAAAAUCUUUUGUUUUUGAAUCUUGCUAUUAGUGUAUAUUGUGUACAAUAUCCAUAGUUAACUUGUGUUACUUAGUUACAAAAGCUGUUUUGUUUUUCCCUCCUUUUGCAUAUUGUGUCAUGCUUUAUUAAUUGGCAGGUCCUUUCUGUGUUUGAUUUUUUUUUCUGGUAUUGUGUUGAUGGAUCAUUAUGUGUCAGAAUUUCUUUGUUCCAAGUGUAAUUUUUAUCAUGUGCUUUAAUAUACAGCACCUUUUUUUUUUUUCUCUUACUUUAAAAUUAUAGAGUUAUCAUAAAAAAUUCUUUAUUUUAUAGUUGAACUUAACUCAAUUAACGUCUGCAAUAGUUAAAUGUCUUGCUUAAUGUCAGCCAUUGCUGCAUAGAAAGAUGUCAUUAGAAGUAUAGGUCAAUGCAGUACUUACAUUGAACAGAUUUAAAAAGAAAAGCUUCAAAUAAACAAAACUGCACUGCCUUUUGAUUGAAAUAAAGUCAAUUCAUUGUGACACAACAGAGAAAUGAAUUCGUGACAUGUUAAUUCUCUGAUCUAUGUAUAUAUUAAACAAAUCCAUUUCUUGGAUACUAUUAAGCUGAAAAAAAAAAACCCGAAUGCAAUGGACUUCACUAAUAACUUUUAAUAAUUAGUGCAAAUGUGAACAUAAAUUGUAACCAAGGGAGAAAAGAUUGUCUUGGAGAGAGCAUUUUAAACAUUGCUGCCUAAUUGAACAUGUUUGUUUCACAUAGUCUAAUGUUAACAGAAAUACCAUCCUUGUUUGAGAAUAGACUAAUAGAGUAGAUAUGUGGAGGGGUAAGAAUUUUUUUUUUAUAAUCAAGUCUUUUUUCAAGGAAAAAAUUCUCUUUGCUCAUAAUCUAUUUAUAAAAAACAAAACUUCAUCUUCUGUGAUCUGUGAUUAUAUUUCUGUUUUUCUCAGAAUCCACAUAAAUUAAUUAGUCACUGGAAUAAACAUCACAGAUGUUGUGGUCUAAUUUUGUAUCCACUCUUUAAGAUUUUUUACACUGAGGAAAAUUGGUGGACUUUUUAUAUCUACAUAUAUCUCUUGUGUUUCUAGUGACAGAGGAGAUACCUUCAUGACAUGAGUUGACAUCUUAUUAUAUAACUAGUUGUCAUACAAGAUUUUGUGAUAAAGCAUUGGCCUUUUUAGUUCACUUCUAGCUACUUAUUUUCUAAAUGAAAUCUUUGACAUUAUAAGAGAACUUCAGGAGGUCUUCAUAGUGUAACAAUGUUUUUAAAAACUAUUUAGACAAAUUGUGUUAUAAAAAAAUUCGGAUUAUUUAGCUUGAUUGCUUUUGUAAUAUAUAGGCUUCUCAUUGGGUUGGAUCAAACUAGGUUAUUUCAGGUAUUCAUUUAUUUUAAAAUCACUCUACAAUCCCACAUUUGUAAAGUGUUUAUAGUCAAGCUUAAGGUAAUUAAUAAACUGCCCACAUACUAUGUCCUUCAAAGUUUUCUUGACACAGAGACUUCUGGGGAAUAAUAAAUGGUUUAAAAGUAUGUUAGUGCUGCUAUAAAACAGAGUACAGGGAACAGCUGUCACAUGAAUGUCUUAAAGGUAAACUUCAGUGGAAGAUUGUACACUCUGUAACCAAACUAUUGCCAAGUGAAUUGGAAACUCUUAACAAAUGAACGUUGGACUACAUUCUAGUUGAGUAUCAUGUGUUUUAUGCAAGCAUUAUUGCAUUGAUCUGUUCAGAACUAUAUCCAACUCUGAAUACUUCAAGGUGACAUUUAGACCAUACAAAUAUCACCUUCAAAUAUCAGAUCUCUAUUAGACUGAGUCAGUCUUGUUAUGUUUGUAGAACCAAGGUUUGAUUAUUUAUUCUUUUACAAUUUUUCUAAUUGAGCUUAGUGUUUGUAUGCAGCUAUUUAUAAAUGGACUGGAAUAAGAAAAACAAGCAUGGAUUUGUUUUGUGUGAAAUCAUGUCACAGUUCAACAAAACGUUUUCUGUUGCAUCAAUCCUUUGGCUGUCUCAUGUUCUUUUUUUUGAUAUCCCCUUUUUGCUUACACCAUUGAUUUCCUUACCUAUUAUGGUCAGUCUGUGGAGACAGUCAAAGUGGAGUAGACACUGUAAUGCAUGAUUGGAGGUAGUUUACUUGUAGCCAAGCCCCAAAGAUGGGGAUAAGACUUGACCAGCAAUUAAUGUCUGGGACUUUGUGUUUGGUUCAGUUCAGUACUUAACACUUAGCUUCAGUUGACAUUGAAUUACAAGUCAUCAGUUUACUGGGGUAGUUCUCUGUAGGUCAAACAAUGAAAGAUCAACACCAUAAGUCUUUUUUUUUUUUUUUUUUUUUUACUGUAUGAAAGCAAAAAUUACUUUGUAACCAUUUUGGUGUCUGCCUCUUGGUAUGAGCUCAGUGUUAUUUUGCCUCAAGUCAAUGCCAUGUUUUGUUUUUUUUAAAUUCUUUGAUGGAAAGUGUCCAAUAGUGCUCUUUAUUCCUUCUCUAGUUUCUGGUGAGAUGUCUUUAUUUCAUUUCAUAGAUUCUAAGCAUCCUUUUUUUUUUUUUUUUAAGAUUUUGUUCAAUAUUUUUUUAGAUUUUUUUUAUCUCUAAUUGAACAUGUCCACUCCCUGUAACUAAGAUCAUGGGUUUUGGCUGUACCCUGGUAACAAUAUGGGCUUUUUUCUUAUAGAAUAGAGCUCAGUGGUCAUUACCCUUGAUUGGAUUGAGUGGCCAGUUGUAUCAAAUGAUGUUUACUGUGUUUGAAUCAUGCUUACGUAAUGUAUACAAUAACUGAAAAACCUUUGGCACACUGUAAUGACUUGACUAAGGUAUUUGAAUUCUGAACCGUGUUAUGGCUGUGCUUUUCAUUAUAUGCUGAUUUCAAAUAAAUCAUUUACGCUUGCCCCGUGCAUCUUCAUUGCCUACCAGCCUCAGCUGCUGUCCCACUGUUCAUUAUUUUGUCAGCAAUUGACCCAUGCUUUAUAACAUAUGACUUUAUUGGAAUGUUCAAAGAAUGAGAAUUUAACAUCCAC